GACUUUGUAACAAGGUGGUAACAAUACUUGGUGGCUUUCAGUGGUGGUGUAAUAAUGGAACAGGAAUAAAAGUAUAUAGACGUAGCAAAUACACAAGGAGAGUGUCAAUGUCACCUCACACUGUGUCUAUCCCUUCGAGAGGCUUGGCCUGUGUUUGCAUAAACAAAUUGGGGACAAUUUUAAUUAAGGUUGGUAAUACUGGUUAUUAGCAAACGUCAGGUCAGUUUGCAUAAAUAGGGAAACGCGCAAAAACAAGAACAAAACAAAUCUUUAUCUAACGUUUGUCGUAUGUAUCGCAUACUUCGAGUAUUAUUUUCUGUAACGAUUCAUGGUUUUUGGCUUUAAACAAUUAAUAUUUAUUCGAUAAAGUGAGAUAAAUGAGACAAUUAAAUAUAAUGUGUUAACAUUUCGUCCAAUGUUUGGAAUCAUAAUUUAGCUUAUAAGUAUAUAUUACGUGGCAUUUCUUUGUUUGCUUAUUUUUAUUCGUUGUGGUGUUCUAAAUUUGUAAACAAAAGAAGGAUUGCGUAAAUUAAAAUGUGGGCACAUUUAGAGCGUGGAAGUUCUCCGGUGGAUUGGUGCGAAUCCAACUACUCCAUUUCACCAGUAAUAGCCGAGUUUGUCAACACAGUCAGCAAUGUUUUGUUCUUCUUGUUCCCACCGGUACUGAUCCACUUGUUUCAAGAGUAUGCCCGGUUUGUGAACCCGGCCAUUAAUGUGCUCUGGGUGCUGUUGAUGGUGGUUGGGCUCAGCUCAGCUUAUUUCCAUGCUACUUUGAGUUUAGUUGGUCAAUUGCUCGAUGAGCUUGCCAUAUUGUGGGUGUGCAUGGCAGCUUUUGCAAUGUUCUUCCCAAAAAGAUAUUUUCCCAAAUUCCUGGGUGGAAAUCGGAGGAAACUAGCAUUCUUCUCUAGCGUGUUCGCGUUUCUAUCUACCGGGUGUCUCGUCAUGGCUCCAGCCGCUAACGCGUUUGCUCUCAUGACCUUAGCUUUGCCAGCUAUUGGAUUUUUGUCUAAGGAGUUAAAUAGAGUGAAAUGCCCUCGCGUUUACCGCUUAGGGCUCCGCUGUGUCGCAGUAUCCUUUCUAGCUGUGUUCUGUUGGGUCCUAGACAGACUUUUCUGUGACGCGUGGCUUUCCAUUGACUUCCCAUACAUGCACGGGGUUUGGCACAUUCUCAUUUUCAUAGCAAGCUACACAGCAUUAGUUCUAUUCGCAUAUUUUAACGCCUUAGACGAAAGGCCAGAACAGAAACCACAACUGAAGUAUUGGCCGAGGAAUGAUUUUGAACUAGGCGUUCCAUAUAUUACCAUCAAACAUCCUUGCCAAAAACACGACAUGGCCAUAUAAAGUCAUUAUUCGCGUGAGUAAAUUAGAAUUGUUCGAAAGAUUUUUUUUUGACAUAUAAGCGUAGUUUGAAAAAUUAAUGUGUGCCAAUCUGUGAUGUAAUGUAUUAUUAUUUUUUCUCAAAUAUUUUUACAAACACGUGUUGUAAAUUAUUUUUUAAGAUUGUGAUAGGCGUAAAGAAAACUAUUUGUGUAGGUAUUCUGAUGAGUCAAUUAGUUCAUAAAUAUCUGACUGCAUGGGUAAAUAAUUUGAUUUGUAAAUGAAAAAAAGUAGUUUGACUUUGGGAUGUUCAGGAAGCAUUCAUAUUGAACCUUUGAAAAUGAAUUCAUUCACUAUUAGUAUUUUUAAAUUUUAUGCAAGGGUAGACGUUUAAGUAGUUUACAAAUUUUAUCUUAUCAUGUAAGGGUUUUAAUGUUGUAGUAAAAAAUUAAUAGCUCGGUUUUUUUUGUGUGUGCAACUGUGCAAUGCAAUAAUAAAAUGAAAUUAACAUAUUUUUGUACAAAGUAAGUAGCUUUUAAAGCAGUCUAUGUUAAGUAUUUGUUUUUGAUUGUGAUGUUCAAUAUUUGUGAGAUUUAGGCGAUUUAAGUGGAAUAGUUGAUAAAACUUUAUUAAUUAUAUGAUUUUUAUAUAGAAAUAUAUCAUGGGAUUUGUGAGAAAUGUAAUUUCCCACUUUAUAACAA